GAACACCCAUCGUUUGUAAUCGCUUCGCCUGCAUCCAUAAGUAGCUUUUUUGGGAUAUUUCUUCUCUGACACGAGGGCACAAAAGUUAAGCAGGACUUUGCACACAUCGCCCUCUUCUCCCAGGGGAUUUUGCAUAGAUAAAUUUGCUUCCGGAUUUUUUAAUUCUCAUAAUGUUCUCUUCACUUCCUUGUGCUUAGCGAAUAGAGGAACUGACCACAUUGAAACUAGACUGAUCAUAGAGGGAUUUUUUCCUCAAUACUGUAUUAUUUAUUUAUUUCUAUCAUGAGAAUUCGUUUGAUUGCAGCAGGAGGUUUUCAAAGCGGUCAUUGAAAUUAAUUCUCCAAACUUGGUGUGUGGCCGGACGCAGAGAUGGCGGGUCGCGCUCAACUGGGAGACCUGACCGAGUACAAGAAGAGCCUCAUCAAGCGGGACUUGGAGAUGGGGAUAGUGAUGACGGUGUACAGGCAGAGGAUAGAGAGACUCACGGUGCAGGUCAUUAUGGAGACGCGACAGGUGGCCUGGUCACGCACCGCCAACAAGACUGAGGGAGUGUUGGACAUUUUUGAAAUCCGGGAAGUACGACCAGGAAAAAACUCCAAAGAAUUUGAUCGAUUCAAGGACCACAAAGAUAGAAAUACAGACCCGAACACAUGCUUUACCAUAUUCUACGGCUCUCAGUUUGUUCUCAACACUCUCAGUCUGGGGGCUGAUUCGGUGGAAGACGCAGAAAAAUGGCUGACAGGACUAGAGUUACUCAGAGAUGAGACACUGGCAGCGCACACACCAGAGAUUAUAGAGAGUUGGCUGAGGAAACAGAUGUAUUCGGUUGAUCAGACAAAGAAAAACAGCAUCACCAUUAAAGAGCUCAAGUGCCUUUUGCCACAGAUGAACUUUAAAGUACCUUGUGGACGCUUUUUGAAGGACAAAAUUGCGGCAUUGGGAGCAAAGAAGGAAGUCCUGGAUUUUGAGCAAUUUCACAAAUUUUACAAUUCUUUGAUAUUUGACAACCAAAAGUCGAUUCUAGAUGAGUUUAAAAAGGAAACAUGUGCUUUCAUCCUGGGUAAUGGUGAUCAGCCUAUUCAACUCAGCGAUUUCCAAAGAUUUCUUUUAUAUCAGCAAAGAGAGACUUGGGCUAACAAUCUGAAUCAAGUCCGAGAGUUAAUGACCAUCUUCAUCGACGACACCAUGAGGAAAACCAAUGAUCCUGCAUUUAUCCUUGAAGAGUUCCUCAGUUUUCUCUUCUCCAAAGAAAACCAAAUUUGGGAUGACAAGUUUUCCGAGAUUUGCCCACUGGACAUGAACAAUCCUCUGUCUCACUACUGGAUCAACUCUUCUCACAACACAUAUUUGACUGGAGAUCAGCUGCGUAGUGAGUCUUCAACAGAAGCGUAUGUGCGCUGUCUGAGACUGGGCUGUCGCUGUGUUGAGUUGGACUGCUGGAAUGGUCCAGAGGAACCUAUUAUAUAUCACGGCUGGACCAGAACGUCCAAGAUCAAAUUUAAGGAUGUGGUGAAGGCCAUCAAUGAUCAUGCUUUCGCAACAUCUGAGUAUCCUGUGGUGCUGUCCAUAGAAGAACACUGUGACGUCAAGCAACAGAAAAUGAUGGCUCAGGUGUUCAAAGAUGUUUUCCAGGACAAAAUCCUGAUGGAACCUCUGGAACCAGAAGCAGAACAGCUGCCAUCACCAACCCAGCUCAAGGGCAAGAUCAUUAUUAAGCACAAGAAACUGAACAUCGAUGAGACCUUUGGCAAAAAGGACCUUCGGAAAGGAGAUAAGCAAGGAGAGCUCUUCAUCUGGGAUCCAAUAGAUGAGAGGUGGUACAGGCACUACUGUGUGAUUGAGAAUAAAACGCUGUAUUAUGCGGAGGAGAAUGAUGAAGAAGAAGAAAAGUCGGUCUUGUCUUGCACGGAGCUUCAUCAGUCUGAGCCAUGGUUUCAUGGCCGGAUGUCCGAGGGCCGAAUGACUGCAGAGCGACUGCUGCAGGAAUACUGUGCUGAUUCGGGUGGAGUUGAUGGAACAUUUCUGGUUCGGGAGAGUGACACCUUCGUAAAUGAUUGCACACUUUCAUUCUGGCGCAGCGGACGAGUUCAGCAUUGUCGAAUCCGUUCCUGCUUGGAAGGAGGACACACAGUUUAUUUCCUGACAGAAAACCUGCACUUCGCCAGCGUGUAUGCGCUCAUCCAUUAUUACAGAGACAACCUGCUCCGCUGUCAGGAUUUCAACCUGCGCCUCACCGAAUAUGUGCCCAAACCAGACACGCACCAGUCGGAAGGGUGGUUUUACAGUAACUUGAGUCGGGGUGAGGCGGAGGACUAUCUAAUGCGGAUCCCUCGAGAUGGCGCCUUCCUCAUCAGACAGAGAGAGGAUUCAGACUCGUACGCCAUUACCUUCAGAGGCGAAGGCUUGGUGAAGCACUGCCGGAUACACAAAGACGGGUCUAUGUACAUUCUAGGCACUUCUAGUGAGUUUGACAGCCUGGUGGAACUAGUGGACUAUUUCCGAAAGAAACCGCUGUAUCGAAAAACCAAACUGCGCUAUCCUGUCACACCAGAACUAGUGGAUCGCUUCAGUUCGAUACACAAAACGGGUUCGCUGUAUGACUCUAAGCAGUAUGUGGAGGCUAACGAGAUCGAGCCGUCUCUGCCCCAGAACACAGUGAAGGCUCUUUAUGACUACAGGGCAAUGCGUCCAGAUGAGCUCACCUUUCCAAAAGGUGUUUUGAUCCAUAAUGUGACCAAGGACACAAAUGGAUGGUGGAAAGGAGACUAUGGUGGAAAACUUCAGCACUAUUUCCCUUCUAAUUACGUAGAAGAAGUCCAAUCUGAUGCCAAUUAUCAGCCCGAAGAGGAAAAUCCAUUAGGUGAAUUAUGUAAAGGGACAGUGGACAUCUCAAAGUGCACUGUUGUUCGCUCUGCCAAAUAUGGCAAGCAAGUGGUGGUAACUCUGCAGUAUAAGGAGGAUAAAGAGAACAUGAUGCCAUUUGAUUUGGCCACCGAGACCACUGAGGAGCUGUAUGAGUGGUAUCAGGUGGCCUGGGACAUCACACAAAGAGAGGAAAACCUAGUGUUUGAGAAAGAAAAACAGAAGGAAGUGGAGACCAGAGAUGAGGUGGCCAGUGAGAUGUCAGAACUGGUUGUUUACUGCCAGCCUCGCAGCAAAGAAAAGGACGGCUUUGAUAAUUAUACCUACAAAGAAGUCCGCUCCUUCGUAGAGAAUAAGACGCCCUCCAGAAACAAGCUGACUCAGUUCAUGUUGUAUAACCGCAAGGCUUUGAGCCGCAUCUAUCCUAAAGGCCAGCGGGUGGAUUCCUCCAACUAUGACCCGUAUCCACUGUGGAUGUGUGGCUGUCACAUGGUGGCGCUCAACUUCCAGACUGCUGACAAGUACACUCAGCUGAACAGCGCCCUCUUCAGUCUAAAUGGAAGCACAGGAUAUGUACUGCAACCUGAGCUGAUGCGCAGAGAUUCAUAUGACCCUCAACAGGAGAGGAAGAACAUCAAAUAUACAAUCGGCAUCAGAGUGAUUGGAGCACGGCAUCUUCCCAAACCAGGACGAAGUAUUGCCAGCCCCUUUGUGGAGAUUGAGCUGUGUGGCCAAACAGAUGAGAGCAAAUUCAAGACUACCGUUUGCCAUGACAAUGGGCUGAACCCUAUAUGGCAGCCUUCAGAGAUGUUUGUUUUCAGCGUGUAUGAGCCGGACCUCACCUUUCUACGCUUCGUGGUCUUUGAGGAGGACAUGUUCUCUGACCCAAAUUUCCUUGCCCAGGCUACGUUCCCAGUGAAAGGUGUUCGUUCAGGCUACAGAUCAGUCCCUUUGAAGAACGGUUUUAGUGAAAAUCUGGAGCUGGCAUCUCUACUGGUCUGUGUCGAUGUACAGCAAGUGGAGAAAGCGCAGGAGGAACUUUACUCCUCCUCGAAACAGUUGCAAAAGAAGCAGGCGGAGAUGAGCAGCGAGUUCUGCCUUUACGACACUCACUCCAACCUGCGCUCCAGUGGCCCUCAACGCCGCGAAGACCUCUCGCAGUUCACUUACUCUGAAAAAAAGAUAAAUAAACCACAGCAAAAGAUAAACAACAGCAAGUUCUACUCGUGAGGGAAACGGGUGUCUCUAAGUCUAGUUCCCUUUCAAACUGCAUUGAACUUUUUUAAGGGUCUCUUCCUCUUGAUUCUGCUGCUCUAGUACUACUGGUUCCCCAACAGGCCACAAAGACAGGAAGUUGCAGUCUUUUCACUUCUGUGGUCACAAAGGACCAAAUUGGAGAAAGCGUUCGAGAAAUGCUCAUCAGAAAAAACAAUCUCUGUAGUAAGUGUAAUCCGUCAGCUAGAUGUUCGACCCAGACCACAGAAGAUGAAAAUAAUUUAAAUUAAAAAGUACAUGAAGGUUUUUGUGUGUGUGUGUGUGUGUGUGUUAACUGUGAUGCUGUUAGUAUGCUAUGCUUUUUUAUUCUUAUUUUUUUACACGACACCGUUUCUGACUAAAAUUGAGAUUUGUAUAUGUGACUCUGGACCACAAAACCAGUCUCAUAUUUACAGUGCAUCUGGAAAGAAUUCAUAGCGCUUCCCUUUUUCCACAUUUUUUCUGUUACAGCCCUAUUCCAAAAUGGAAUUCAUUGAUUUCCUCAAAAUUCUACACACAAUACCUCAUAAUGACAAUGUGAAAAAAGAUUUUUUGAAAUUGUUGCAAAUUUAGUAAAUAUAAAAAACCAGAAAAAUCAAAUGUACAUAACUAUUCACAGCCUUUGCCAUGAAGCUCUAAAUUGAGCUCAGGUACAUUCUGUUUCCACGGAUCAAUCUUAAGAUGUUUCAGCAGCUUUUUUGGAGUUCACCUGUGGUAAAUUCAGUUGAUUGGACAUGAUUUGCAAAGGCAUACACCUGUCUAUAUAAGGUCCCAGGGUUUACACUGCAUGUCAAAGCACAAACCAAGCAUGAAGACAAAGAAACUGUCUGUAGACCUCAGAUACAGGAUUGUCUUGAGGCACAAGGCUGGAGAAGGUUACAGAAAAAUUUCUGCUGCUCUGAAAGUUCCAAUGAGCACAGUGGCCUCCAUCGUCUGUAAGUGGAAGAUGUUUGGAACCACCAGGACUCUUCCUAGAGCUGGCCUGCCAUCUAAGCUGAGUGAUCGGGGGAGAAGGGUCUUAGUCAGGGAGGUGAUUAAUAACCUGAUGGUCACUCUGUCUGAGCUCCAGCAUUCUUCUGUGGAGAGAGGAAAACCUUACAGAAGGACAACCAUCUGUGCAAAAAUCCACCAAUCAGGCCUGUAUGGUAGAGUGGCCAGACGGAAGCCUGAAGGACUCUCAGACCAUAGGAAACUAAAUUCUCUGGUCUGAUGAGACUAAAAUUGAACUCUUUGGAGUGAAUGCCAGGCGUUACAUUUGGAGAAAACCAGGCACCACUCAUCACCAGGCUAAUACCAUUCCUACAGUGAAGCAUGGUGGUGGCAGCAUCAUGCUAUGGGGAUGUUUUUCAGCAGCAGAAACUGGAAGACUAGUCAGGAUGGAGGGAAAGAUGAAUGCAGCAACGUACAGAGACAUCCUGAAUGAAAACCUGCUUCAGAGUGCUCUUGACCUCAGACUGGGGCAACGGUUUAUCUUCCAGCAGGACAAUGACCCAAAGCACACCGCAAAUAUAUUAAUGGAGUGGCUUCACAACAACUCGGUGAAUGUCUUUGAGUGCCCCAGCCAGACCCCAGAUCUAAAUCCUAUUAAACAUUUCUGGAGAGAUCUGACCGUCGCUUCCCAUCCAACCUGAUAAAGCUUUAGAGCAAAGAGCAAAGGGGAAUGGGCAAACAUUUCCAAAGACAGGUGUGCCAAGCUUGUGGCAUUAAAAAGACUUGAAGCUGUAAUUGCUGCCAAAGGUGCAUCAACAAAGUAUUGAGCAAAUGCUGUGAAUACUUAUUGUAUGUACAUGUGAUUUUUCAGGUUUUUUAUUUUUAAUAAAUUUGCAACAAUUUCAAAAAAUCUUUUUUCACAUUGUCAUUAUGGGGUAUUGUGUGGAGAAUUUUGAGGAAAUAAAUGAAUUUAAUCCAUUUUGGAAUAAGACUGUAACAUAAAAAAUGUGCAAAAAGUGAAGCGCUAUGAAUACUUUCUGGAUGCACUGUAUAAAAAGUCAAUAAUUACAUUGGCUGAGAGAGCUUAAUGUGCUGCAUGCACAUAAAAAAUGCAGUUUCUCACAACGCAAACAAAUUAAUAAAAUGCGCUGCAAUUUCCCACAACACAAAAAGAAUGGAACACAACAGAAAUGUUUCGAAAGGACCCAAAAAACAUGACCUACACCGUUUUGCCAUGACUAUUGCUCAGUUUAGUUGUGGGUGAUCUUUGAAAGGUGAGUUUUUUGUUUGUUUAUUUUAACACCCUUUUCUCCUUGUCUUUUGUUGUUUAUUAGCCUAAAUAUCCAUAACAUAAAUAGCAGGGCCUGUCACGCUUUAGGGUCUACUUAAAACAUUUCUGUUGCGUUGUGAGAAAAUGCAGCACUUUUUCAUAAAUUGUUUGUGUUGUGAAAUAAUGCUGCACGAUUUAAUGUUCACAUUGUGUGAAAAUGCAGUGCGUUUUUUUUUUAAAUGUGUUUGCGUUGUGAGAAUUUGCAGCACGUGUGCUGUCAAACAGAUGAAGAUCUUUUUUCAAUUGGCUGUUUUUUUGUAAUUACACAUGUUUUCUUCAAUUGCAGCAUGUUAAGCUUCCUCGGCCACCAUAAAUAAUCAAUGAAUGGGUCACAAAUGAUAGAUUUUUCUUUUAUUUAAAAAAUCAUUUGUGCUUUAAGUAAACAUAAUUUUUCACAGGUUGUACUACUAAAUGUUAUUUAAUCCAUUUACUAGCAUGAACAAUGAACAAUACAUUUAUUGCAGUAUUUGUUCAUAUUUGUUAACAUUAGUUAAUGAAAAUUGAUUUUUUUUUUGUCAAAAAUCAUUUGAAUAUUAAGUAUAGAUCAAUUUCCAUGAUUUUUUUGUACAUUUCCUACUGUAAAUAUAUCAAAACUUAAUUUUUGAUUAGUAAUUAAUUAAUUACUAUAUUAAUUUGUACAACUUUAAAAAUCAUUUUCUCAAUAUUUAGAUUUUUUUUAACCCUCAGAUUCCAAAUUUUCUAAUAGUCCAAAUUUCUAAUGUCCUAUUCUGAUAAAGCAUCAGGUGAUGUAUAAAUGUCCAUUUUAAAACACUGAUACUAACUUAUGGCAGGUUUUGUGGUCCAGUGUCACAUACUAUAAGUUUUGCCCAUUUGUUUCCUCAACAGAGUGAAAGUGUACAUUUUUGAAAAAGCUACUGCUAUUGUAUCUGUGAUGUUAUGCAUAUGCAACAUCUUCAGUUUAUAUGUGUGACGAUUUGACAACCUAAACAACAAUGGUGGACUACAGGACUGUAUGUGCUCAGGUGCGUAGUGUUUCUUCAGGAAGUGACAUCACCAACUAUUGGACCAGCAUGUUUUUAGUCAAUCUCAUAGAUGUAUGUGAUAGGGGAUCAUAAAUGAAUGUCACCUAAACUGAAAUCUUCCCUUUCUGGUACGUCAAUGUUGUGUAAAAGUGCUCUUAUCUAGAUUUUUUUUUUCAUUUGCUGCUGUGCUAAACUCGUUUUUUCCAUCUCAAACUUUAAAAUAACAAGACAUGUUAUUUAUUUUGUUUCUUUCUAGUUUUAAUAUGCAUAUGGAUAAGGAAGUUUUAUCAUGUUUGGUUGGAUAAUAUACAGCCAGUGGAUUGUCAGAAAAUAAUUAUAAUGACCAUUUAACUGUGCAUUAUCUUGAUUAUGUCAUGGCUACUUACCAAAUAAAUAAAUAUGGGCAUCAAAUAUUA